AUGUCUAAUUUAGUAGUGUUAUUAGCAAACAAAAACAAUAGUGUAGCUUUACCUAAAUCACCCAAGACAUCAUCCGAUACAUUGCGCAAGCGUAAGGACAGAGAUACGAACAACAGCAAUGAUAGCAGCGAUGUGAACGGUGGUGGCGCUAAGAAGCCGCCCUCGGGUUCGGAUGGGGGCAACAAGCGCUUGUCAGGCUCAUAUUCAUCCUCAUCCCUAGCACGUUUAGUAGCGACAUCUGGUCUGGAAAUCUAUGAAAAAUACAGUCCCGCUAAUUAUAAACCCAAUUGUGAACUUCCACGUUCCAGCUCAGCGCUUACUGAGGCUGAGGUAGACGCAGUUUCAUCCACCAUCGGCGGCACAACAACGACGACAACGAACAAUGACGAUUUACGCAACGAGACUACGACAAACAUAACGUUGGACCGACCACGCAGUCGCUAUAGUCGCUUGUAUAGCGCCGGUGAUGAGUCUUCCAGCUAUAGCAACAGCAAAUAUAGUGACAGCAGCAGCAGCAAUAAAAAUGAUAACGACUUAACCAGCACUACAGCAACCAAGCCGCACCGUUCCAGUUACCGCGAACGUGCGGCAGCCGCCGCCGCAGCGUCAGCAAAACAACAGGCCAACGCCCUCGCGCCCUCCACAUCGGCCUCAUCUGUGCUGAGUCAUAGCAGUAGCAGCGGCGAUGUGCCGACCGCAACAUUUACUUUGCGCAGCAAUCGCACACCCAGAACCACAGUGACAAAGGCAGAGGAAGGCGUAACACUCAACAAUGGCGACAAGGCCAGCAGCAGCAGCAGCAGCAAGGGUGACAGCAUCAGCCGACAAGGCAGCAAAACGAACCUAAACAGCAGCAACAACAACAGUUACACCAAUGACCUUGAAAACAACUUGAGGGAGCUAAAGUUGUCCAACUCCGGCAGCGGCAGCGGCCUAUAUAAGGAUAGCAGUAGCGGCAGCAUAACCACUUUCACGAUGCCGCUGCAGGCGAAGAAAUCGCUCAGCACCAGCAAUAGCAGCGGUCAUCUCAGCGCUUUGACUACCUCAAACAACGACAACGAUAGCGAACUGAAGCGCAAUCACAGCGCUAACAAUUUGGAUGUGGUCGAUCAUAGCGCCCCAACAUACGAACUUAAAUCGAACAGUGCGGCAGCUGGCGGCGCUGAGGUGUGCUCCAGUGCAACGCUCCAAAUGGUGGACACACCGAUCACGGCGAAGAAGAUGAAUAUUCGCAGGCCUUGUUGCUGUCACUGAAUAGAACGCCUAUGUAUUUUUGAACUCCUCUCCUCACCCCCCACAAAAAAAACAAACAAACAAAAGAAAAAGCGAAACAAAAACAAAA